AUGGAUGGACAGGAUGGGGCCGGACAGGCCACAUUUGUCCCUGUUUCACCAGAUCCAGGAGCAGAGACUGCUGCAAAGACACCACAAGCACGAGCCCUGGUUAAGAGCGGAGCUGACAAUCCGGCGCCUGAUAAAAAACCGAAAAAUGCUUUCUCCAGGUUUUAUGAGGGCGUAUCAACAAAAAGGCUUCGUGUCGACAGCCGCAUUCGCCACCUCUUCGGUAUGAGUCUAAGUAUUGCUUACGCAAUUCUUGCACUGUGGGUUGUAACCUACAAAGAAUGCCCUUUAGACGACCUUGGUAAUCCGAUACCAGACUACCAGCCCCCACAGCCUUGUGUUCUCGAUGAUAUGGGAGAAAAAGUAGAUCCUGAUUGCAUAGACCCUCCUGAUGCAUAUGCUCGGGUGGAAAACAUAUGUUACAUGUACUUGGUCAAUGAAUUCGCUUUACAUGUAACUUACGUCCUGUAUGUCAAAGUAUGGACGCUAGGAGGAAGAAGCGUGGGAUUUUGGAAGGAAAUGUCGGGGUACAUUGGCUAUUUUGUUGUCGAGUUCAUUCUGAAUGCUGCCCCCUAUCACAUUCAAACCUUUCCAGAAGUCCGCGAAGUUUUACCCUUCCUUAACACAUUUACAUGGCCAUUGUACGCUGCCUUUAUAUUCGGAUCAAUUCUUCUAAUUCCCUUGGGUGUGUACCUUGCAACGACUAAGGACCAGGCUAGGCGAGCUCUGACUUUCCACCUACCUGGCAUCAUAUUCUUUGGAGUAGACGUGUUUAAUCGUACAGUCUUUUCACCAGUUUUCGACACAAUGCAGCAUAAGUUUGCUCAGCUACAGCUUAGUGCAGUCAUAUCUUUUGUUGGGGAGUUAGCCGUGGCAAAUUUCUACGGAUCAAUUUUCUUGCCUGGGACGCACAAGGCCACAGUUGUAAUGGUUGAGUUCGGAUACAACCUCUCUUAUCAAGUUUACCGUGAGUUGCCCUCUGUAAAGGAAGGGCCAACUGAGGAGCUCCUACCGCAGGAGAAUGAAGAAAAUGAAGAUGGCGUGCGUGCCCUUCUGGAGGGGCUAGAUGGCCCUGAAAGCAGCAACGUUUUGAAGCAGAGCUCAGAAAAUUCUACAUCUGGGCUAGGAGCCAGAAAGAGUGGGCAUUCAUAUGCAUCUAGUAAUGCGCGGCAGGCAUGCACUAGUGAACGUAAGCCUACAUCUGUGGAGGGGAGUGUCGCCGGCGAUGCAGACACAUAUCAACGCACUCGCACAGAUAGAUAUGCAAGUGCCAGCCACCAGCGGGGAGGCAGAGCAUCUGAACAGAGAAGCCGAAACUCGCGAUUGGGGUCAAGAGCCUCAACAUUCAGCGCUGCAGCGCGUCAGAGCCGUGUGCUCGCCCCGAUUCUCGCGUCUGUCGAACACUUUCCUCCAAGGGAGCCCUACGUUCCAGUGCGCCCUGACGGACCUGAUCCCUUAGAGCUUGACAAAAUCAUUUGCUGUUUCUCGAUUAUCUGGGAUGCAUGGAGGUACUUACUCAUCCGUAAUGUGCUGAUGAAGGCUUCGAGUAUUUACCUGUACCUCCUUAUGAUUCUCAAGGAUUUUGCAUUCUCCUACUGGCAUUUUGGGUACGCGUUUACGGAGAGGAAAAUUUUAAGUGCCAUCGAGGGUACCACAGCGGAGGAGCAUACGUUUUGGGAUAAAACCAAAACUUUUCUGGUUAAGGCAUUUCAGGAAGCCAUAGUUAGGCCAUUUUUUCUCACUAACUUCUUGUCGACAACAGUUUGGAGAACAGAGGUGAUUUUUGGAAUGAACGAGAAACGGCAGAACUACAGCAACAGCGUAUAUGGAGAACCACGCUCUGGACCUCAAGAGGACCGUGUAUCGUUCCGGAAAACGUUUAAACAUGCUGGCGCGCGAAAGCCAACAGCUUCCGAUUGGGCUUACGCACUUUCUACAGUAGCAGUGCAGAAAACGAAACAUACGAAGGGCUUUCUAGGCAGCCUCUGUAGUGACCUUUGGGCUUUACUAGUCCUCACUGUGCGGCGUGACUGGCGACACUGGAAAGAAAAUACUCUAAGCAGGUACAAACACCCAGUGGAACAUUGGAAAAAGAGGCUCAGCACUUCAAAAGGCGUGGCCUCAGGGUCAGAGAAGCUGGAGAAGCUGAAUUAUGACGACCUUGAGUUGCGGUACCAUUUCGCUAAUGAGUGUUGCAUAAUUCGCCACGUGCCAGCAAAACCAAAAACACCCAAGCGGCGGAGCACUUCCCAGAUCUCGUCAAUGGCAGAGGAGUUGCAGCGGCCUUCAGGACAGUCAGUAUUUCGCCGAAUUAAUGCAGUUUGGCUCUCAAAAGUGGUAAAGGAAAUCCAGUCCUGCGUGUACAACCGGUGCUGGCCACGCCUACUUCAGAAGCUUAUUUCAUCAGCUGUCCUCGUUGCAACUGAACUGUUCGCUGAGAACAGUACUGUUGGACUACUACCGUCUUAUCAGCAGUAUGGCUUGUUUAGGGACCCGAUGGGACGCUUCAGGGUCAUUUUCAUUUUUGUUAUGGACAUCGCUGAGGUCUCAUCCGUCUGGUAUACGCAGGCCCAAUCACGUUUUUAUCAAAGCAUAAAAUACGGUUAUAAUCUCUUUCAUAACUUUCCAAUGAUAUUGCUGUGCUCUUGCAACUGCGCGGCCCAAGUGAUGAACUUUGCAAUGGUUCGCUAUAUUCGUUUCGCUCCUAUUUGCGGCGACAAGCGCGUCCUUCCUGAAAACGUGAAACAGGAUAUGCUUAUGCACCUCAACCUUGUUAAGUACUGGGAUCAACCAGAGAUGUAG